AUGCCGCCGCCUUCACUACUGCAAGUGCGGACGUUCAGAGCAUUAUCCAGAUGCCUUUCUAGGAACGAUCUAACUAGAAUGCUAUUCCUGUCUCAGCGUCGUUCGGCUUCGUCAACUUCCAAUCAAAGGAGACAGGGUGGUAUUCUGAGGUCUAACGAAUUGAAAUACGCGGUGCUUGGGGGUACUUUGAUCCUAGGCUACUCGUAUUUUUCAAGUUACGUCAGUUCGGACUCUAUUUACGGGUUAAAGCAGUAUUCCACGUCAAAGAGUGCUGCCACAAACAUAAAUGCCAACACAAACUCGAACUCUAACUCCAACACGGUGUCUUUACUAAAUGACAAGCAAGUGGAAGCUAUUUUACACAAAUCUGAAGAGUCCUACUUCGUUAACCGAGGGAAGGGCGUUCUACGUUACGACGUGUCCCAACUCCCUUCAAAUGCUCCAAUUGAGGAUAACAGAGUGGAGCAGAUUAUUACAGUGCCUACUGAAUCUUCGGAGAGUUUAGAAGACUUGUAUUUCUUUGGCAUUUUUGAUGGGCAUGGUGGCCCUUACACGUCGGCAAAGCUUUCUCAAGAACUAGUGCCAUACGUUGCUUAUCAAUUGGGACAGAUAUAUAACAAGGGCGCCGCGUUCUUGACAUCGGAAUCGAUUGACGAAGCAAUUACCCAGGGCUUUAUUCAGCUAGAUAAUGAUAUUGUUUAUGGGAGUCUUGGAAAGCUAUUCGAAGAUCCAUCAAAGGAGAACUUGGUAGAAUCCCUACCGGCUGUUUCAGGCUCCUGUGGUCUUUUGUCAAUGUACGACUCGAACAACUGCACCAUGAAGGUAGCUGUGACCGGGGAUUCCCGUGCAAUCUUGGCAAAACAAUCAGAUGAUGGGUCGUGGACUGUCAAAUCAUUGAGUACUGAUCAAACUGGUGAUAACGAGCAAGAGGUUGAAAGAAUUCGUAAAGAACACCCAGAUGAGCCAAACUGUGUCCACCGUGGCAGAAUAUUAGGAUCGUUACAGCCUUCUAGAGCAUUUGGGGACUACAGGUACAAAGUAAAAGAAAUCAAUGGUAAAUCAGUUCAUGAUUUACCAGACCAUCUAAAAAUCUACUUCAGAAGAGAGCCUAAGGAUUUCUUGACUCCACCUUACGUGACAGCAAAACCCGAAAUAACCACUACUCACAUUGACGAUUCGACAAAAUUCAUGGUCUUGGGAUCCGAUGGUCUUUUCGAAUUGCUAAGCAACGAAGAAAUCGCAGGCCUUGUGAUCAAAUGGAUGGAGAAGCAUCCUAUCAAGAAAAACUUCAAGGUACUAAAGGAACAAUCACCAUAUGGAAAAUUACCCGCUUUGGAGGAUAUUUCCCCGGACAAAGAAUCGCAGAGACCUGCAUUCAGAUACAAGACCUCCUCUAACAAAGGGAAGGCUUCCAAGAGCGAAUAUCUCAUGGAAGACGAGAACGUUGCCACCCAUUUGAUCAGAAACGCUCUCAGCGGCGGUGGUAACAAGGAUUACGUCUCAACUCUAGUCAGUAUACCUCCAACAAAGAGCAGAAGAUACAGGGAUGACUUGACCGUAACUGUAGUGUUUUUUGGCAAUGAAACUGAGGGAACUGAUGGUAAGUUGGAGAUUAACCAUGUCGCAACUAAGGCAGAAACACCAAAAUUAUAG